UAAUGAAACAUCGAAAUGGCGAUUUGUUCUUAUUCCAGAUGCAGCGACGAGUCCGGUAAGGCAAUCGUGCACUCCUAUCCAAGCAGGGUGAGUGACACGAAGAUUUGCAUGCAGUACAGGCCAGGUUACUUCCGACCAGGGCCUGCAGCCGUGGUGCACGACAUGAAGUACAAACUGUGCCUCUCCGGGGAUCAAGCUGGCUGUCAACUGACAACAUGCGGAGUAACGGGUGACAGAAAGAAGCGUCAAACCAAUGACGGCGGAGUUGAGUCAACAGCCAACACCACAGUGUACUUUGAGGAUGACACCACGACAGCAUCGCAAACAAACGGCGAUACUAGUGUUUCUCCAACAGCAAAGAAUUGCCUUCCUGAUAUGUCUGUGAUGUUCCCCGCCACCAUCGUGGUCUUCAUCGUCGCCCUGAUACUCCUCCUGAUCAUUGUGUACAUGUGUUUCCUGCUCAUGAAAAAACGCGACGCAAACAAGAGGAUGAAGACAAUGAAGUGAAGUCCCAAAAGAGUCGCAUGUCACACCGCUACUGAUUCAGCUUAAGUCAUAAUAAACUGGAAAUAGAUAUCAUUUAAUCGCACUGUCAAAAUUUAUUUCAAUUCAACACACAAAAAAAGGAAACCCUUUCACACUUUUUAGAUCGCACUAACACCCAGGUCAGUUAACACAGAUCGCAGAUUACAUGUGUAACAAGGUCUCAUUACUUACAACACACA